AUGCCAUUACAGACCCAAACCAAGGGGGAUUUUGACACCUUCACUCCAAAGAGCACAGUUACCCCCCAAAGAAAGAAACCUGGACACACUUACCAAAAAGACAAUGACCCUGAUGAUCUGCCAAAAGAAACCACAGUCCUUGGGACUAUCCAGAUCCUGUGUUGCCUGAUGAUUUCAAGUAUGGGGGUCAUUUUGGUUUCUGCUCCCUACUCUUCCCGCUUCAAUCCAGCAGUUUCCAACAUUUUGAUGUCUGGAUACUCAUUUGUAGGAGCUCUGUGUUUUGCCAUUUCUGGAUCUCUCUCAAUUAUCUCUGGAGAAAAAUCAACUAAGCCCUUUACCCUGAGCAGCCUGACCUCAAAUGCGGUGAGCUCCCUUACCGCUGGGGCAGGCCUCUUCCUCCUCGCUGACGGCAUGGUAGCCUUGAGGACUGCCUUUCAACAUUGUGACUCAGAAAAGGACUAUCUAUCCUCAUUGCCUUCUUCGGAGGACUACUAUCCAAUGUAUAAAGCCAAGGAUUGUCUCUUGAGCAGUGCCAGUCUAACAGGUGUCCUGGCGGUAAUGCUAACAUUCACUGUGCUGGAGCUCUUACUAGCUGCAUACACUUCUGUCUUUUGGUGGAAACGGUUCCACUCCAACAACCCUGGGGCGAGGGGCACUUGGCUUUCAGUCACAGAAUAUGGCUCAGUGGAGCCUCCCAUUAGUCUGCUCCCUCCUCAGCCCAGUGCCAUCCCGGUGCCAUGCACCCAAGAGCUCAGGACAGCUUUAGCGGCUGCCCAGUCCCAACCACGCCUGUUGUCUGGUGUGAUGACUCCACACAGACUCCAGGCAGUUCCCCAGCCUGACCAGGUGGAGGUCUGUCGUGGUGGAGAGAGCCAUCUCACCACUCAAGCAGCACCAGCAGGGUGA